AUGGAAGUUCCACCAUCCGCUCAACAGGCAUCGUCCACCUCGGGUUCUGCUGAUAUUCCUGCAGCUGCUACCUCUAACAAUGAGGAGGUUGCCGGGAAUGGGUAUCGGUGGGAGGUGCUGGCGUGCGCUGGCUUCCCGCUCCCAAAGACCUUUGACGUUGUGUCUUCCCUUGGUGGUCUAGGGCAUUUCGGACUGUCUAGGGGAGCUCUGGGAAGGGGCCUGACGGGUCUCCAAGAGGCGACCGUGAAGCAGAGCACGGACAUAGAAGGGUUGGUCUCCAUCACCCUGGAAGAGGCAUUCGUAGGGAAGGAUGUCGCUGUCAACAUCCGGCGACGAGUCCCAUGUCCGGAAUGCCACGGCUAUGGAGCGGCCUCUUUUGUUCCAUGUGACCGAUGCGGUGGGUCAGGUAGACGCAUCCACGACAUUAGCCUCAGCAGCGACGACACCCCUCCAAGGAGUGUUCCAGUCAUGGAACACGGUGCCAACGGUUGCGGUCGCAGCGGCGAAAGCAGAGAAGGCGGCCCCCAUACGAAUUCAACCGGCAGCGCUUGUGUCUCCCACGAGUGUGGCCAUCGUGGUGGACUCGGAGGAGGUAUCUAUCGUGGUAGUGGGUGCCACGCAGGGCACGUCAGUUGCAACGGAAAAUCAGACCCUCCGUGUCGCCGCCCUGAGGGGGAAGACGUCUGUGUGGAACGGGCUGCAACGGACGACGACAACGACGAAGGAGGAGACGCUGAAAGACUCAGGCUGACGCGCACCGCUGACUGCGCGAGGUGUGGGGGCUCCGGCAUGGUACCCACCCCGUCCACAGACGGGGGGCCGCCGCUGUUCUGCUCGCGAUGCACGGGGGCGAGGUUCGUGGAGGAGACGGUCGAGUUGCUUCUGUCGAUCCCUGCCGGGAUAGAAAACGGCCACACAGAGGUUUAUCGAGGCGAGGGCCACGUUGACCUCGGCGAUCUGCUUGAUACGCUAAAGCCGAGGGUAUCGAGUGAGGAGGCCAGUAUGGACGAUGCGGACACCGGCAAGGCCUCAGGUCCAUCACCCGCUCCUCCUCCUUGUUCCUCUCGUCCAUACCAAGGCGCCUCGUCCAUCAACUCCCAGUGGGCUUCACCCACCCUCUCUCCUUCUUCUUCCUCCUCUUCACCCGUUUCUCCUACCACUUCACCCGGUUCUUCAGAAUCAACACGCGGUGAUUUCUACGCUUCACCUCCAAAGAAAAAACUGAAAAUGGGAAACUUCCGGCUGACAGUUGAUGUCUUACCCCACCCAGUCUUUUCACCCACGGAAGAAGGAGGGGCAGACCUGCACGCAACAGUUUCCAUUUCCGUGGCGGAGGCAUUGACGGGCUUCACCCGGGAAAUCACUGGCUUGGACGGCUCCAUUGUGACGGUCAGGCAUGAACACUGA